AUGAGCGACCGUUAUGGUCCGAGCAGCUCCCGGCGAAACCCGAGGAAGACGUCUCGAUAUGAGUCCAGCUCGGACGAUGGCCAGUCAGCAAUGUACUCCGAGAAGGACGGCGACAGCGACAGCGGCGGGAGCUACGUCCCAGCCAGCACAACCUCGUCGCGGAGGCGCUCCAGCUCGCGGUCCCAUCACCACCACCAACACCACCGCGACCAGUCCCGCUCAUCGCACCGCAGCCACUCCCACCACCACCACCAGCGAUCCCGCCGGCACAGCCACCGCCACCGCCACCGCCAGAAGCUGCUGGGCCCGGCCGAGGACGGCGAGAAGCCACGCGACAGCAUGGCGCUGGCGGUCCGCGAGGAGUAUCAGGUGCAGACGGUGCCGCGCGCGCACCUCGCCGAGGUGUCGGACGAGGAGGAGGUCUACGACCACCGGCCCAAGCCCCUGUCGCACCGCAGCCGCAGCCACGCGGGCGGCGUCGGCGGCGCGCGGCAGGGCCAGCGGAGCAGCGACGCGGACAAGGGCUUCUUCAUGGCUGCCGCCGCGCUGGCCGUGUCGCUGAUCAUAUGCUGCGGCGAGGUGGACAACGACUGA